AGCGUCGACGAUCGAUGACUAGAAAAAAUUGAAAGAAGAUGUAAAAUAGUAAGACUGUGGGAUGGGAGUACAAGGACACCAUUUGGGGAAAACUUAGAGGUUGAGAUGGGAGGGGCAUACAUGUAAUUUUAUUUUUUUAUAAAUAAUUUAAAAUAUAUAUAUAAUAUUUUGCAUAAAAUUAGUAACAAAUCGUUCGAAUGAGCUAUUAAUUUUUUUAUAUGUAUGUAUGUAUUUAAUUAAAAAAGAUGUAUUGUAGUAUUUUAUCUAAAAUUUAGUAGUAUAUUUAAUAAACUUUUAAAUAAAAAUAUUAAUGUUUUAAUAACGCUUUGAAUAUUUUUAUUUUAAAAAUAGACGCUCUCUCACUCUCGCUCGCUUUCACUCUCGCCCACUUUCACUCCUGUUGCACGAGUGGGUAACAUAAAGUAAUCCGGCCAACGGGCCGGGUCACAAGCUAGUUUCAUACUAGGCCCCAAGUAUUUCCUUUCGCGUAAUUAUUUUUGCUAAUAUAAUUAACUAUUGAACGACCUGCUCAGAUCUCAACCCACCAUUUACCCAAAUACUUCCCCAAUUCCUCUUCACUCAACUAGCAUUGGGCCCGCCUGUUGGCCGGGGUUUUCGAAAUUUGAAGAACAGAAGGAGGAUUAAAAAACAUAAUUUAUCACUAAUGGUUCAACGACAUAAAAGUAUUGUAGCCAUUUUUAGUGUUGUUUUGCCAAGCAUGUAAGAUUGAUUUUUUAUUCUACCGGUAUGUGUAUUCUGUUGUACUAUAUCGGCCAGUGAAGUAUAAAAUACUCGAGCAAUAGUACUCAAACAAUAUGAAUUCUUAACUUUGACCAUUUCAUCAGUAAGCAUUGGCCAUAAGAUCCAUCUAUAUUAUGCAUUAUGUUGAAAGGUAAUUGUCAUGUUUACUCAAGAAUUUCAUCCCUUAACACCAACCAAUCUGCAGAUUGCAGUUACUUGCCAUAACCCACAAACAUGUUCCUUAUCUGUUUAUUUGUUAUUGAUGCUUGUUGUGUAUUUGUUUCUCUUGUUUUUUGUUGGUGUAUUCUCUUGAACCAUCCCUUGUCAUAUUUGAGUAGUGUACCAAGUGUUAUGUUUUACUGCAAAUGAUUAUCAAUAAAAUCAGGCUGCACUUUACAUUAUGUAGCAAACUUGAAUUUCCAAUGUGCAUAAUUAAUUAUGACAGCUUUGUUGCUUCCUUAACACAAACUGGAAGUGUCUAUUUGAAGGGUUUCUAUUCCAUUCUCGCGUGGUGGUUGUCUCUUGUAGCUAGUUUUUUAGUUUGGUGCGGUAUGAGUUGUGGUUUGCAGCCUUGUUUACCUUCCAAUCUUUGUUUCUCAUUGCUGGUGGUUUUACAGCUUGUGACCUCCCCAGCUCGUAGGGAUCCCUCUGCUUUGGUCCCCUAGUUCCGGCUUGGGUCUUGCAGACUAGGGGUGUUCAAAUGGUUGUCAUGGUUAUUACCAAACAAAAUAAGGCUAAAUUUCAUUAACCAUGGAAUACAAUAUCAUAACCAAACCGUCCAAACUAAUACAACAACCAAAUUAACCAAACUAAAGUUUAAUCGGUUUGGUUAAUUGGUUAACCAGAUUAACCAAUAUAAAAUCACAUUAUCAUUAAGUGAGAAAAAUUUCGGUUAAUUUAUCAAUUCAAAAUUUAUAUAAUGAAUAAAACAUAACAAUCAACACAUAGUUAUAGUUGAUCCUUAACAUAAAUACAUGCAACUAAGAUAAUUAUCUUACGGUUAGUAUAGAAGUAUUCACCUAACAAAAUUUUAUCACAAUGGUAUGGGUUAAUGAAUUGUUGUGUUUGUUUGAAUUGACUUAGUCUUUUAGCAAUUUUCAUAGGCUGAAAAGGACCUUGCUUUCAAGUUUUCAUCCAACAUAAUGUAUGAGAUUUAUCUAAAUUAGGCGUCGUAUGUUGUGGUCUACACUCUACAUAUACAAAUAUACAUUAUAGUUACAAUAUCAAGCUUUAUAUUUUAUGAGUCUAAAAGGGAUGAACGUUUAACUCUUGAGUGGUUAUUCAAAGUAUUAAGUAUGUGUAUAUAUUAGAUAUAUGGCUAAUUUUUUAUCUGGUAAUUUGGUUUGGCUGGUUAGGAGUGUCUGAAACCAAACCAAACCAAACCACCUAAACCAAACAAGCUAAGAACUUCAACCAAACCAAACCAAUUAUCCAAAUUAACCAAACCAAAUUAUCCAAAUAGUACUGGUUAAAACGGUUACCAUGGUAACCACACCGUUUGAACACCCCUAUUGCAGACCCUGCUUUUUUCCCUUUUGUUCCUGCUGAUCUGUACUGCAUUUUCUCUGUUCGUCUGUCCCUUUUCGUUUGGACUUUGCACUCUUGUUCUUCUUUGUUCUUUCUCAGGCCUUGUGGGAAUCUGUCUUUUGAACUCUGCUUUUAUUUGAUAAAGGUCAUCAUCAAAGAAGAGUUCAAAGUCCAGAAGCCAAGGAAGGAAAAUCAAACAUAGAAGAUCAAACCAAUUCUCCAUUUUUAUGAAGCCAAAAAAGGGUUUCAAGUUUCUAGAAACCAAAUAAAACCAAAAACUCCAUUGAACUGAUACCAAGUAAAGGAGCAAAUCUGAGUGAUAAAAAAAGCUUGCAAACAACCAAUUAGCAUGCAGAAGGAAAAUCAUGAUAGCUGGAGCAUCUUUCUGUAAGUAAUUCUCAGAAGAACACUAAGAACAAAAGAAGAAAUGUAAAUAAACAAAAUUGAAAAAAGCAACCAUUUAAAAUCUAUAACUACACCACUUUUGCUCAUCACAAAAUGAUUUUGCUUCACUACAUGUAUCAUACUUAGAAGGUAGAACUAAUUCAAUAUAAGUAAUAUGCCAUCUCAUUUCAUGCUUUUGCUGAUCGCAAACUGCUUUUAAUACAUUACGUAUAUCAUUGCCAAGAAGUUACAAUUAAUCCAGUAUAAGUAAUAUGCCAUCUCAAUUCAUGCUUUUGCUCAUCACAAAUUGCACUACUUCAAUACUUAUAUCAUGCUUAGAAGUUAGAACUAAUGAAGUACAAAUCAUGAAUGGAAACUUCAUAACAGGCAAAGAAGAGCGGAAGGAGAAGAGUACAGAAUUGGGACUGUAAUAACACUCACUCUGAUGCAUCCGUCGGACCACCAAAAGAAACUUCCUUCUCCUCCUCCUUCUGGCUAGAAGAAGUAUCACGGCGACAACGCUUUGGAGGCGUUACUGCAAUCACGAAAUCCCAGCAAGAAAACUAACCAAUAAGUCAGGGGAAAUAAAUUCUUCAACGAACUGUGGUUCAGGCCUCAGAGCCCAAUCCAGAAAUUGGAUCUAAAUCACGUCAAAGUACUGAGCAACUGUAGAACAUAACCGGGGACACGUAAUAGUUACAAUUGGAUCGAACGUCAAUUGGAAAAGGAAAAAUAAGGGCAUGUUUGGAGGUUGUGAUUGUCUAAAUUGAUGGAUUCAAUGAAUUGGUGUAUUGUAAUUAUAUGUAUUGUGCAAAUUAAUGUAUUUCUCAAAUACAUUGUUUGGUAUCUAUGAUUCUACUUUUUUAUAAAUUAAAAAGCAACACACCUUUUUGAAUAAAAAUACACAUUUACGCUUCAAAGUUUUGUUCUUGCAAAUGAAAGAAGAAGAAAAAAAAGCAAAGAAUCAUCGUCGUCUCACCGCUACCACGUUGUUGCCGCUAGGAUUGCAGAAACUUCAAAGCUUCCCCGAUUUCAAAAAUCAACUCCAGCCAUCACAAUUAAUUACUUUUGCUUACAUCCCUCCCAACUCAAAUCCUAAGAGAUAUGAAGAGAAAAAGAGAGGAGAGGGCAUGGUGCUGGGUUUGUGAGGUAGUAAUUCGCAACAGAAGCCGACUCUUCUUCUUCGAUUCCCGACGAAUUUCGAUGGCGAGAUACAGCUACCAAGCUUAUUCCGUUAUGAUGGUGAGGAGGCAGCGAUUCCUGUGGGACUUCAAGGAUUAGCGUGGACUAAGGAGCAGGGAAGUUCAAUGAUUUUUCUUUUGGUGGACUUCCGACGACUGUCGUCAAGGGAGGAGCAGGGAAGUUUUCUCCCUUUUUUGGCUUUCCUAGAAUUUUGAUGACAAGGAUAGAAGAGUAGUGGAGGACGAGGUUAUUGUUGGUAUAAAGAAAAGAUAGCAGGGACAAAAAUGGAAUAAAAAGAUAUGACACAAUCCUUUGUUUAGAAUCUCAACUUUAGGUAGAGAUUCACAAUAAUUCAUUUUGAGGGAUUGUGAGUGGCCCCCCAAAAAGGUAAUGCAUGUAUUCUUUUACAAAUUUGACCAAAAAAACGACUUAAUCUUCUCAAUGCAUGUAUUGGCUAAAUCCUUCAUCUAGAAUCCUAACCUCCAAACGACCCCUAAAUUGAAGAAUAGCGGCACGGAAAUCCCAUGAAAAGAUUCCCAGAAGCCAAAAUACAAAAAUUCACUAAUUAAGGGUACUUACAUGAAUAGAGGAUAUAGCUCCAAUUAGGCGCUAAGGGAGGUUUCUUGACUCCGCGCAUCGAGACAAACAGCAAGAGCGAGAGAGGCUGGUUGUCCGAGAUGGUUUGGGUAAAGGACGGUGCUGGAAUGACUACGAAGCGGGACGACAAGAGAGGCAGCAGGUGGGAGACACACACAUACGACGAUAGAGCAGAUGAAGGCGGUUUUCCAGGAGCUUUUGGCUACAGAACGCCGACAGCUCAUAGCCAGGAAGUACAGACAGGGCGACGGUGGGAAAUUGAGAGGUCUUCGUUUGUGUUGUGACGGCGAGAGAGAGGCGAUCAAUUUCUGGUGGGAGAUUAUAAAACAAAAUGCGAGAAAGAGAAGGACCAAGGGUGAGAGGUCUUCGAUUGUUGUACUGCAACGGCGAUUGAGAGAACUCAUAGAGUGUGAGAGGGAAGUCAGUUUCCAGUAGGCUAGCGGAAGAGAGAGCCCGAGAAAGAGAUGGAUUGGAAAUGUCCAUAAAGGACCUCCGAAUUGUGCGGUCGUUUGAGCAACCGCUGACGUGGCAAAGGCUGAUUAUUGGCAUUGAGUGUUUUGUAGAUCAAUUAAUCUUACACUGGUAUAAAAAAUAAAAAUAAAUUUUUUUCGAAAGGGAAGAUGACUGACACCCUCCUGAUUCCCUUUUGUAUGGUCCAUGUUUUUGCUAUUAGUGCAUUUAAAUUUGGAUUAUACAUAUAAUAUGCCCCUUUACUAUGUUGUUUUAUCAAACAUGCCCGUCUAUUAUUUUUUACAUCAAACAUGCCCUUGUACUUUGGAAAAAUGAUCAAACAUGCCCUUAUGUUAAAUUUUCAUCCAAAAACCGUUAACCACGACUAAACUUUGGUUUGGACGACACAAAUGUCUAAAAUAUCACUAAUGAUUUCACAUUAGAAUUUUUGGUUCUUUUGUAUAGCCAAAUAAUUCUUAUAAUUUCACUUUAACGAGAACAAGGAAAUAAAAAAGGGGACAGAACUGAAAAUUUCCCAUUUGCCGAUGUCGGAUCCUUUAAAUGUCGGUUCCAUAAUUGAUUUUUUCAAAUGAAAUUUUAACAAAAGGACAUGUUUGAUCAUUUUUCCAAAUUAUAGGGGCAUAUUUGAUGUAAAAAAUAGUAGAAGAGCAUGUUUGAUAAAAUAACAUAGCAGAUGAGCAUAUUAUACCUAUAAUAACCAAAAGGAAUAGAAUAAUGAUAGUGAUGAUAAUAACAACAAUGGCAGAACUCAGAGGAGACUCUGCUCUAUUCAUUUUUUCAAAUUAAAAAAUAGCGUACUUCUUAAUCUGAUAAUACUAGACCAAGUAUACACACAACAAUAUUGUACAAGUUUGUGUUGAUUUUGUCGAAAAAGAAUUUGUUAUUUAAUACUAAUUUUACUUUUGUUAUUCGUAUUGUUAAUGUAAUUCCUCGUGUGUAGACACCUCAAAUUAUUAACUAUAUUGUACUCUGUGUUAGCUUUUUUUUUUAAUUAAUAGAUAAGUUGAGCAUAAGUUCAACAAAGAAACUAGAAUUCUCUUUAUUUGAUGUAUUUUCAAAAUUUAUUAACGAAUGCUAAGUCUAAUUUUCUAUGGACAACUUUUUUUAUUGUCAAUUGGAGCUUAGUUUUAUUCACGAAAAGUAGUGAUGGCAAUGGGGUGGGGUGGGUACCUCAAUAUCAUGUCAUGUUCCACGCCACUACAACUCAUGGUGGGGCAGGGCAAUCCACUCUUACAUGUUAUUUGAAAAAAAUACACCAAAAUUUUGUUUUUAACAAUAAAAUGAAGGGGAAAACACUUAUGAAUGAAAAAUAGUGAUAAUAGAAUGGGUAAUUGAGUCCAACUAGUUGAAAGAUCGACUUUAACUAGUUGAAGAAUAGUCAAAUAAGAGAAAUGUGAUUAGAUGCUAUAAGAAAUUUAGAUAGAAUGGGACAAGAACGGGGCGGAGUAGAGCGGGUCGGAAGUAAAUACCCAUGUCACGCCCCAUAUUAUUGCGCGUCGGAUAAUACCCACCCCAUCGCGGGUCAGGUAGGAUAAUAUAUGCGGGGCGGGUAUAAAUUGCCAUCACUAACACAAAGAGAGUUCAUUCAAAAGUAAUGGACUUGAUCCAAUAAUAAAGUACAAGGUGGAUGAAGCUACAUAUGCAUACACUAGAAACAAGCAUUCAAUUGAACAAUAUUAUAUUAGGGCUCGAGGCUAGGUAUUUUUUUUUUUUGCAAAGGUUCAUUGAAUUUUACUAUCCUCCAUUAAUAUAUGGUAGAGUAUUGU